AUGCCUUCGACUUUCCAUACUCUAGAACGGCAUAAUUUAUUCCGACAUCCGAGUGAUCAGAAAUAUGACUAUCCAGCAUUACAAGAAAUUGUUGCGCCACAUAUUGAAUCAUUUAAUGCUUUAUUCUAUCCAGCGAAGAAUGGAUUGUUGAACCUGGCUGUAGCUAAUUUAGAAGCUAAGGUCGUAUCUGAUGUUCCUGAUGACAUGAAAAACAUCGGGAAUAAAUUGAAGAAUAAUGUUCAAGUGGAACGCCCGCUAGCCCCCGGAGCUAAUAAACAAUCUACAACACGAAAAAUUUAUCCUACGGAGUGUCGAGAGAGAUUAUCGACAUAUCGAGGGAAGAUACAUGUGAAUUUACACUGGCAAGUUAAUGAUGGUCCGAUAAAUGUAGAGCGAAGGGAGAUGGGCUAUUUACCAAUAAUGGUUAAGUCAAACAGAUGCAAUAUCCGUCAUAUGUAUCCAAAGGAGUUGGUUCGUCAUCACGAAGAAUCGGACGAAAUGGGUGGUUAUUUUAUAAUAAACGGCAUAGAAAAGAUCAUUCGUUUGCUUCUAGUCCAAAGAAGAAACUAUCCCAUGGCAUUGAUAAGAAAUUCUUUCCUGAAACGAGGGCCUAUGUUUACACCAUAUGGAGUUAAUAUUAGAUGCGCACGAGAAGAUGGAACUACGCGGUCUUUUGGUAUUAAUUAUCUAAAAGAUGGUGAUUGCGUAUUCCGUUUUUCGUGGAAGAGGCAGGAAUAUACGAUACCUCUGGUUUUGGUGCUAAAGUCAUUAUUAGACACAAGUGAUAAGGAAAUUUUUGAUGCUGUGGUUCAAGGGGAUUUCACAAAUACUUUUGUGACAGAUAGGGUGGAACUUAUGUUGAGAAGUUUCAACGUCCACGGUAUCUAUACCAAGCACGAAUGUACCAGCUUUCUAGGAGAACGAUUUCGAGUCAGUAUUCGAUUGCCACCGUUUUUUACGAGCGAAGAUGUUGGGAAUUAUCUCAUCGACGAAGUCGUGCUUGUACAUCUCAAAGAUCGGCGUGAUAAAUUUAAUAUGUUAAUUUUUAUGGUCAGGAAGUUAUAUGCGCUGGUAGCUGGAGAAUGCUGUGCAGAUGAUCCUGAUUCACCGCAGAACCAGGAGGUUCUACUUGGUGGCCAUUUGUAUGGGAUGAUUAUCAAAGAGAAGCUAGAUGAUUUUCUGAACAUAGUUGUUAGUUUGAUUAGUCAACAUGUGUCGCGAAAGAAGCCUGUAGACUUCUUUGACAAGAAGUUUUUAUCGCAAAUAGUUAAUUCGACAAAGUUUGAUCUCGGUCAAAAAUUGAAUUAUUUCCUGGCUACAGGAAAUCUGUUAUCAAGCAUGACGAUGGAUUUAUCUCAGUCUUCAGGUUAUACAGUAGUCGCAGAACGGUUAAAUUUCUAUCGCUAUAUCUCCCAUUUCCAAUCGAUUCAUCGUGGUUCGUUUUUUGCCGAAUUGAAGACUACGACUGUACGAAAAUUACGACCGGAAGCUUGGGGCUUUAUCUGCCCGGUUCACACUCCUGAUGGUUCGCCUUGUGGUCUACUGAAUCACUUAACAUCAAGUUGCAAAAUAAUUACUGCCAAAUUGCCGGCGGAUAACCUUAUACAAAAGUUAAAUUUAUUGGGAAUAACCAAGAAAGCUGCUGACGCUGGUCGAGCAAAAGCAAGAGGACCCGUGCUUUCAGUGCAACUUGAUGGCAGAAUAGUAGGAUGGUGUAGACAAUCGAUAGCUGAAAGCAUUGUUGAAAGGUUAAGACAUUGGAAGACAAUGAAAGAACAUGAGAUUCCCCUAGAGCUAGAGCUUGGUUAUAUACCACCAUCAUCCGCAGGCCAAUAUCCUGGGCUUUACUUAUUUUCAACUCCAGCUAGGAUGAUGAGACCAGUUAAAUUCUUGCCUAAUGGCAAGAUAGACAUGAUUGGUUCAUUCGAACAGGUGUACAUGAAUAUAGCAUGUCAGAACGAUACAAUAAUCCCGGGAUUGACUACACACCAGGAAAUAUCGCCACACAAUAUGCUGAGUGUACUCGCCAAUCUGACCCCCUUCUCAGACCAUAACCAAAGUCCAAGGAAUAUGUAUCAGUGCCAAAUGGCAAAGCAAACAAUGGGAACGCCCUCUUCCGCCUAUGUACACAGAACGGAUAAUAAGUUGUACAGAUUGCAAACAGGUCAAGCACCCAUAGUUAGACCAAAGCUUCAUGACGAUCUAGGUCUUGAUGCAUGGUUAAAUGGAACCAACGCAAUAGUUGCUGUGCUCUCAUAUACAGGCUACGACAUGGAGGAUGCAAUGAUAAUAAACCAACAAGCACAUCAAAGGGGUUUCGCUUACGGGAAUAUCUAUAAGAGUGUGGUAGUCGACUUGUACGAACAGAGGAAACAUGGAGAACCCUUAAGUAAACGUUUCAUGCUAGGUUCCGAUGUAACUGACGCUGUGCGCAAAUUUCUCGAUAAAGACGGCCUCCCUUUUAUCGGAACCCGUCUCGAGGAGGGAAGCCCUCUUUAUGCAUAUUACAAUGAAACGACCGGAUCUACAACGAUAAAAAAAUAUAAAGAUACGGAAUUAGCUUACGUUGAUGAGGUACGCCUGAUAGGUGAUGAUAAGGGAGAGUACGACCCACAAAAAAUACAUAUAAAACUACGAGUACCGCGGCCUCCAGUUAUAGGCGAUAAGUUUUCUUCCCGACAUGGGCAAAAAGGUGUAUUAUCCCAAUUGUGGCCACAAUGGGAUAUGCCAUUCACAGAAAGUGGGAUGCAACCAGACAUUAUCAUCAAUCCGCACGCGUUCCCUUCUCGUAUGACAAUUGGGAUGUUCAUAGAAAGUUUAGCUGGUAAAGCAGGAGCGCUACAUGGAAUGGCUCAAGAUUGUGCACCAUUCAAAUUUGCCGAAAACACAUCGGCCAUGAACGAUUCUGACGAAAAUCCUCCAGCAAUGGAUUAUUUCGGCGAACAACUCCGUUGUGCUGGGUUUAAUUAUCAUGGAAAUGAGCCAAUGUAUAGUGGAAUUACAGGAGAAGAAUUUCGGGCCGACAUAUAUAUUGGGGUUGUGUAUUAUCAGCGGCUGAGACAUAUGGUAUCUGAUAAAUGGCAGGUACGAUCUACUGGACCGGUGCAUCAAUUGACGAUGCAGCCGGUGAAAGGAAGAAAGCGAGCGGGAGGGAUCAGAUUUGGAGAGAUGGAAAGAGAUGCUUUGCUUGCACAUGGAGUGAGUUAUUGCCUUCAGGACCGGUUAUUGAAUUGCUCAGAUUAUGCAAAGUGCUUAAUAUGCAAGAAAUGCGGGUCCAUCUUUUCUGUGUUAGUUAGACGAGGAAUGGUGACUCAAACGGAGAGGAAGAUAGAUUGCAAAAUUUGCAAAUCUUCACAGCAUUUGAGUCUUAUUAAAAUACCUUAUGCAUUCAAAUACUUGGCCACUGAACUUAUGAGCAUGGGUGUUAAGAUCAAGAUAGAAACAUCACCAUAG